CCUCUCCCGGCCGCGGGCUGCCCGGCGGGGCUCGGGCGGGCGGCCGGGGGCCGAGCGGGGCUUUUUGCGUUUUUCCUUCCGCCGGGGGAGGGGGGGCCGGGAAGGCGGGGGGGCUCCCGCGGCUUUUCCGGGGGGUCCGGGCCCCCCGGCCCCGCGCCGCCGCCCUCCUCCCGCGGGCGGCACGAUGAUGUCCCUGAGCAGCAAGCAGCCCUUCGGCCUUCCCCACGGCGGCGGCGGCGGCGGCGGCGGCGGCGGCGGCGGCGGUGGCGGCGGCGGCCUCCACGAAACCAAGUACUCGGCCCUGCACAGCGCCUCGCCCUGCCCCUCGGCCGCCGCCCCCGCCGCCAGCUCCCCCGGCGGCACCGGCUCCGGCGGCACCGCCGGACGCGGCUCCGGCUCCGGCUCCGGCGGCGGAGGCUCGGGCUCGGGCUCCGGCUCCGGCUCCGGCGGCGGCGCGGAGGCGAUGCGGCGGGGCUGUCUGCCCGCCCCUCCGGUAGGUGCCCGCCGCCCGCCGCCCGCUUUAAGGGAACCCCCGGCGGCCCCGCGCCCGCUGAUGAUUUUUUCAUGGCCGCGCAGCGAAUCGCCCGGCCCGAGCGAGCAAUAUAUUCGGCGGUCUGGACGAGAGCCUGCUGGCCCGCGCCGAAGCCCUGGCAGCCGUGGACAUCGUCUCCCCCGGCAAGAGCCACCACCCGCACCCGCCGCACCACAGCCCCUUCAAGCCGGACGCCACGUACCACACCAUGAACGCCAUCCCCUGCACGUCGGCCGCCUCCUCCUCGUCGGUGCCCAUCUCGCACCCGUCCGCGCUGGCGGGCGCCCACCACCACCACCAUCACCACCACCACCACCACCACCCGCAGCCGCACCAGGCUCUGGAGGGGGAACUCUUGGAGCACCUGACGCCGGGGCUGGCGCUGGGCGCCAUGGCGGCCCCCGACGGCGCCGUCGUCUCCUCGGCGCCGGGCCACGCUCCGCACAUGGCGGGGAUGGCCCCCAUGCACCCCGCGGCGCUGGGCAUGGCCCACGCGCACGGGCUGCCGGCCCACAUGGGCUGCGUGAGCGACGUGGACGCCGACCCGCGCGACCUGGAGGCGUUCGCCGAGCGCUUCAAGCAGCGCCGCAUCAAGCUGGGGGUGACCCAGGCCGACGUGGGCUCGGCGCUGGCCAACCUGAAGAUCCCGGGCGUGGGCUCGCUCAGCCAGAGCACCAUCUGCCGCUUCGAGUCGCUGACGCUGUCGCACAACAACAUGAUCGCCCUCAAGCCCAUCCUGCAGGCCUGGCUGGAGGAGGCCGAGAAGUCGCACCGCGAGAAGCUGGCCAAGCCCGAGCUCUUCAGCGGCGCCGAGAAGAAGCGCAAGCGGACCUCCAUCGCCGCCCCCGAGAAGCGCUCGCUCGAGGCCUACUUCGCGCUGCAGCCGCGGCCCUCCUCCGAGAAGAUCGCCGCCAUCGCCGAGAAGCUCGACCUCAAGAAGAACGUGGUGCGCGUCUGGUUCUGCAACCAGCGCCAGAAGCAGAAGCGCAUGAAGUACUCCGCGGGCAUCUGAGCGCGGCCCGGCGCUGCGGCUCCGCGGGACGACGGGAGGAGGAGAGGGGGAGGCGGCCGCCGGGCCGCAGCCGGAGGUACCGCGGGUUCGCCCCGCCGCGCCCGGGGCCUCGGGACGGGGACUGCCGGCGGGAGCCGCGAGAGACGUCUCUAAAGUAUUUUCAUUUAGAUAAGAAUAAUAAUGAUAAAAAAGAAGAAGAAGAAGAAGAAAAAAAAAACACAAAGGCAGGCUUUUCUGCAUUUACACUGCGAAUUAUAAAUAUAUAUAUAUAUAUUUUUACUGUGGUUCCUGCCCCCGCCCGCCCCGAAGUUGUGACGCUGAGGGAAGAGCCGCUCCGCCGCUCCUCGGAGCCGCCGGUAGAUUGCCGCCCGACAGCCCCUGUAAAUUAUUGAUUUCUCUCGCUGGCAACUUCAUUCCGUGCUCAUUCCAAUUAAUUACACCUCCUCCAUCUAAGUCUUGAGAACAGUUAAAAAAAAAGAAAAAGAAAAAAAAAAAAGAAAAAAAAAUUUGCUUAGUGAGAAUCAAACAUUUUGUGUUGGUAGCAUCGAUGAACGUGAGCUUUCCUCCCCCGCCCUCCCCUCUGUAAAUUCCCACCCGAGGUUCCGCUUCGGUUCUCCGCGGGCGGCCGUCCCCGCAGCGCCGCGCGGGCUCAGCCCCGUCCGGGUACCCGCGGGGCUCCGCUCCGCGCCCCGCGUCGCGUCGCAUCGCGGCGCUGCCCGCCCGGCUCGCUCCCUCCGCUCUCCACGUAUCGAUUUCCCUAUUUCUUUGCUCCGCCGCUCGCUUCGCUGUUUCUUUCUUUAUCGCCUUUCAUCGCAAUACUUUUACACGGAGGAAAGCCCCCUUUUUUCCGGAGGUCUCUUCGGAGCAAAGCCGCGGUUCCGUUCGCACGGAGGGCAGCGAGCAGCGCCCGCCCGCCCGGCCCCGGCCCCGCACCGCCCGCGGGGAGCGCCCGUGGAGCGCGGGGCUGCGCCGCGCCGCGCUCGGAGCGGGGCCGCUCGGAGCCCCGCGUUGUGUACACGCCCCGCUUUCGUUGGCUGUUUAUUUUUAUUGAUUUUUUUUUCGGUUUUUUUUUUUUUUUGUUAAUAGGAGGUUUAUUUAUUCUAGUAAUGUACCGAGUUAUUUUUCAAUGGUGUUGGAUCGUCUUUCAUUAAUAAAAAAACCAAAAAGAUGCUCGUGUUUGUUCCUUGGCGCGGCGCGGGCGCUGCUCGGCUCCGUCCCCCUUCCCCGCUCGGCCCGGCAGCACCGCGGACAGCUCCGCACCGCGGGAGAGGGAGGGGAGCGGGAGCGCUUCCCGGCGGCUGAAAAAGAGAGAAAAAAAAACACGAAAUAAUUAAGGAAAAAAGAAAAAAGAAAGAAAAAAA